UGACCCCGAUUUUUGCCCAACAGACUGGUUCAAUCCAUUACAACCAUCUUCGUCCAACUCGCGCAUACACAACCCCUCCAAAAAAUGCCACCCAUCUCUCGCCUACCCGCGAUGACGGCGCCCCAUUGAGAAGGCACGAUGUCCGCCGCCCUGACCUUCGGCAGCGUUGGCGACAUCAUCGCUCUCUGCCAAAUCGCCUGGAAGCUUGCCGAAGCCUUGGGAACUGGCCCUACAGGAGCCGGUGCCGAGUAUCGCGAGCUCCGUGAGACACUCGACAGGCUUAUCAGGGUCCUCACAACCGUUGUCACGACACACCAACACCGGAACGGACCGCCAUCUAAUUUGAACGACAUCGAACGCGACAUUCUAGCUCUUGUCAACGAGUGCGGUGGCCUGAUACAGGAUGCUUUAACCAAGCUCAGCGGCCGCUACGGCCAGAGUUUGAGCCAGUCAGGAGUUAGGAAUGUGCUGAAGAAGAUUGGAUUCUCCAUCAGGGACAGGAAGGAGGCGGAGAACCUGAGGAACAAGCUUUCUGAGAGGAUGGACAGCAUAUCCCUACUGUCGGGGCUAGCCGCCAAGCAGUCGGCGCAGGUGGACACCGCCUCGAUAAUAGCCCGUAUCGAUCGAUUCCACGAGACAUCCGCCCGACAAGGCCAAGCUUGCGAAAGCUUGGUGGUAACCACGCGACACCAGAGCCGGGAGCUCCGGGCGAUUAAACAACGGGUUGAGGAUGUUGCAUCAGCCUCGCAAGUUGCCCAAGUGUCAGUUUAUGCUAUCCAAGCCCUUCUGAUGCAGAUGGUGCAGGGGCUUGUCAGCCUGCAAGCAUUCUUCUUCGGGUGGCUAGCUCUGUGCAGCCCGAGGCUAGACCCGACGAGCGGUCUCCCCGUGCGCCUCGAAGACCCAAUGGGUAGCGUUCUAGAGCUCCCUUUCGAUUGUUUAUAUGGCUGGCGGGACUUGGACUACAUUAUCCGAAGGCGGUUUGAGGCGUUGAGGCUCAAGGGCUACGAGAAAAUACUGAGGCGUCAGUAUGCAUUGGAAGAUGACUGCUCCGGGAGAGAUUUGGAUCGGUCUCGGCCGCCAAAGGCAUGGCUCCGGCGGGGGAUGAAGGUCAACAUGAGCAUGAUUUUCGCCACGGGACAGCAUUUGACCAGAGAUCAAUGCCCCCGAUGUCAGAUGGCGGUGGUCACUAUGGAAGAAGUUACUGUGCAGUGCAAGACUGCGAACUGUGGGAUGUGGUUCCGUGUUUCGGCGAGCAUGAAACGUGUCCGCGAGGUCGAGGAUGAUACUGAAGACGACGGUACGGGAGAAUGCCAGCAAAGGCCACGAGGGAAACGGAGCAGAACAGAUUCUGGGGACGCCAUGGUAGCAGGUUGCGAACCCUCCGACUUCCAACGUGUUAGGCUACUUAAAGCGCAGCCAGAAACCGAAGUAACAACAACCUCGAUUGAGUUGGGGACUCCGUUGGAGGGUGUCGGUAUCCGUUGCUGGCGUCCCAGGUUUCGCGUUUGGUAUUGCUGUCGGUGCGGCGAUGGUCCUCUCAAUUCACAGUUAAUUGUGGGUUGCACUGUCUGCGUGCACCACAGGUGCCGAGGCUGUGAGGGCUUCGAAGUAGUGGAUCGGGAGACGGAACAGGGCCAGUAAGGCCGGACGGGCGGAGCAUACACCUGGCUUUCCGGUGAGGCGGCGGCAUAGUAAUGAAUCCAAACUGACGACCACAAAUCACAUACAACGGAUGGUAACAUACGC